AUGGAAGGCAUCGAAUUUGAUGCCCCGUUACUCUCCUCCACCGACGAUGAUUUCUGCGACUCAAUUCUCUCACGCUACUCCACCUCCAUCCAAGAGGACCACCAGCACCUCUGCGCCAUUGUUGGUACCAUGUCACAAGAACUCAAAGACCAAAACCUCCCUUUUGGAGCUGUUGUUUCCGGAUUGAAAUGCGUAGCUAAUUUGUUGAGUAUCAGAGACAGUGUUAAUUGGACUGAUAUUUCUCAGCCAUUCGGAAUUUUAUUAAGUUUCAUGACCGAUUCACGCAUAAAGGUGAGAAGGCAAUCCCAUUUGUGUAUCCGUGAUACCCUGCAAAGUUUUCAAGGUACACCAGCAUUAUCCCCGGCGAGUGAAUCAAUUACCAAUGCAUUCGAAAAGUUCCUUCUUCUUGCCGGUGGAUCCAAUGAAGUUGCUGCUACUGAUGGGCCUAAAGGAGCCCAGCAGGUUCUAUAUGUUCUCGAUGCCUUAAAAGAAUGUCUUCCUCUUUUAUCAAUCAAGUGCGUAACGACAAUUCUCAAGUACUUUAAAACUCUACUUGAACUGCGACAACCGGUUGUUACUAGGCGUGUGACUGAUAUUCUGAAUGUAAUUUGUUUGCACCCGAGUUUAGAGGUUCCGGCUGAGCCAUUACUCGACUUGUUAUGCUCAUUAGCUCUUUAUGCUUCUACAAAUGAGACGUCUGCAGAUAACAUGACAUUCACUGCUCGCUUGUUGGAUGUUGGAAUGGGAAAAGUUUAUUCUCUAAACAGGCAAAUUUGUGUUGUUAAGCUACCUAUUGUAUUCAGUACACUCAAAGAUAUUUUGGCAUCCGAACAUGAGGAGGCUAUCUUUGCGGCUGCACAGGCAUUGAAGAGCUUGAUAAAUACUUGUCUUGAUGAAAGUUUGAUCAAGCAGGGAGUAGAACAGAUCACAAUCAACAAAAAUUCUGAAACUAGAAAGUCUAAACCUACAGUUAUAGAAAAAGUGUGCGCAACCAUUGAAAGCUUACUUGAUUAUCAUUACAGUGCAGUCUGGGACGUGGUAUUUCAAGUGGUUUCGACCUUGUUUGAUAAAUUAGGAAACUAUUCUUUUUAUUUUAUGAGAGGAACCCUUAAGAACUUGGCAGAUAUGCAGGGAUUGCCUGAUGAAGAUUUUCCUUACUGGAAACAGCAUGCCAAUGGAAUAAAGCAUUUUGGUGGCCUCAAGAUUCAAGAGUCUCCCUUUGGUUUGGGAUACACCAGCAGAAGUUUUUUGCAUGAAUGCCUUGGAUCUGCUCUUGGUGCAAUGGGUCCUGAGACAUUUUUAAGCCUCCUACCUCUUAAAUUAGAGGCUGAUGACCUAUCUGAAGUUAAUGUUUGGCUCUUUCCUCUUCUCAAGCAGUAUACUGUUGGUGCCCAUUUAAGCUUUUUUACGGAGACAGUUCUGAGUAUGGUUGGUCUGAUAAAGAAAAAAUCUCAGAAGCUGGAGCUAGAAGGACGAAUCAUCUCAGCAAGGAGUGCUGAUGCUCUUGUAUACUCUUUGUGGUCCUUACUACCUUCCUUUUGCAACUAUCCUUUGGAUACUGCAGAAAGUUUCAAGGAUCUAGAGGAAGCUUUGGGUGGUGCCCUUAGGGAAGAAUGUGAUAUUCGUGGAAUAAUAUGUUCUGCUCUGCAGAUCCUUGUUCAACAGAAUAAGAGAGUAAUGGAGGAACAAGAUGAUCUAACUGGCACAGAAGUUGGUAUAGCUGAACAACACGCUAUUGCCCACUAUACCCCACAAGUUGCAUCAGAUAAUUUGAGGGUGCUUAGGUCUUCUGCUCAUAACUUGUUGCAUGUUUUGUCUGGGAUCCUCUUGGAAUCUUCAAAAGAUGAUGGUGGUCUUCUGCAGUCUACAAUUCGUGAGUUUGCCUCAAUAGCGGAUAAAGUAGUAAUUAAGAGGAUCUUCUUAAAGACAAUGCAGAAGCUUUUGAAUGUCACACGAAAGGCCACAAAACCUCAAAACUCUAGAGGUUCUAAUUCUAUGCAGAUUGAUGAUUCAUCAAAUGACUUGAGGGCACGGCUAUUUGACCUGGCAGUUUCACUUUUGCCAGGAUUGAAUGACGAAGAGAUCAAUGUUUUAUAUAGUGCAGUAAAGCCUGCAUUACAGGAUGUUGAAGGUCUGAUCCAAAAGAAGGCAUACAAAGUUCUUUCAAUUAUUCUUCAGAGGUAUGAUGGAUUUCUCACAUCUCGACUUGGGGAACUGCUUCAGCUCAUGAUUGAUGUGCUACCCUCAUGCCAUUUCUCUGCCAAACGGUAUAGACUUGAUUGUCUGUACUGUCUAAUAGUCCAUGCCCCAAAGGUUGUGAGACCUGAUUUUGCUUUAUCUUCUAUUAACCUUACAGUUGAAAAGCAAUGGAGUUUAGAUGUUGACUCAGAGCAGAGGCGAAAUGACAUCCUUACUUCUUUCCUUACUGAGAUAAUACUUGCUCUGAAAGAGGCUAGCAAAAAAACAAGAAAUAGAGCUUAUGACGUGCUUGUUCAAAUUGGUCAUACCUAUGGAGAUGAAGAGAAUGGGGGAAAGAAAGAAAACUUGUAUCAAUUUUUUAACAUGGUUGCUGGAGGCCUGGCUCUUGAAAGUCCUCAUAUGAUCAGUGCAGCAAUGAAAGGUGUAGCUCGUCUGGCUUAUGAGUUUUCAGACCUAGUUUCUACUGCUUACAAGUUGCUUCCAUCCACAUUUCUCCUCCUCCAGAGAAAGAACCGGGAGAUUAUCAAAGCUAAUUUAGGUUUGUUGAAGGUACUAGUGGCCAAAUCACAAGCUGAAGGGCUGCAAAUGUACCUGGGGAGCAUGGUGGAAGGCUUACUGAGAUGGCAAGAUGAUACCAAAAACCACUUCAAAGCUAAGGUUUGUGUUGAUUUUAUGCUGUACCUUGGCAUAAAUAAUGAUUGCUUAAGUGAGUUUCUGGAAGAGAUUUCUUUUUUCAUACUGGCUCUUUUGGCAUGCCUGGGUGUUGGGGUAUAUGCUGUUGGUCAGCAUGUGUGCAAGCAAGUCCAAAAGCUUUUUGCAGCAUUGUGCUUGAUUAUUGAUUGGAAGGUUAAGCAUAUACUGGAAAUGCUAGUCAAGAAAUGUGGCCUGGAUGCUGUGAAGGCAGUGAUGCCUGAAGAACAUAUGAAACUCCUCACUAAUAUACGGAAGAUAAAGGAGCAGGGAGAGAGGAAGCAUGCAGCAAGCUCGGAGGAAACUAAAUCUCAUAUGUCAAGAGCUAGUACAUCCAGGAUAAGCGGAUGGAACCAUACAAAAAUCUUCUCUGAUUUUAGUUAUGGAGAGACGGGGGACAGUGAUGGUGAAUAUACAGAUACAAAGACAGUUUCAGGUCGGCGUAGCAAGUUUUCCUCACAGCUCAAAUCCAAAGCUUUAUUACGGUCAGAGAAGAGCUUGCCAGAAGACAUAUUUGACCAGUUAGAAGAUGAGCCACUUGACUUGCUUGAUCGGCACAGAACAAAAUCAGCCCUCCGAUCAUCUGCAGAUCGUAAAAGAAAGCAAGAAUCAGAUGAUGAGCCAGAGAUUGACUCUGAAGGGCGGCUGAUAGUUCGUGAAGGAGGGAAACCUAAAAAGGAAAAGCCCUCUGACCCUGAUUCAGAUGCGAGGAGUGAAGCAGGCAGUUUCAAGUCUGUGAACUCCAGGAAAGCUCAGAAGCGCAGGAAAACUUCUGAUUCUGGGUGGGCUUACACCGGAAAUGAAUAUGCCAGCAAGAAAGCUGGUGGGGAUGUGAAGAGGAAGGACAAGCUUGAGCCAUAUGCAUAUUGGCCCCUAGAUCGCAAGAUGAUGAGUCGUAGACCAGAGCAUCGGGCAGCUGCAAGGAAAGGUAUGGCUAGUGUUGUAAAAUUGACCAAGAAGCUUGAGGGCAAGAGUGCUUCAACUGCACUGUCUAUGAAGCUCAUAAAAUCCAACAGUCAGAAGAAAGGCAACAAGAGAAAGAGCAGGUGA